AUCUACACACACAAACAAAACUUCUGGCCUGGCUUCGUCUCUCGCAGUCUGCAAACACCCGAGUCAUCUUAUCCAUUUAUCCUGCAACUCAAGACUUUGCACGGUUGUAAUUUUUUAAACGUCUCGCAGCUUGCAGAGAAUUGCUCUCGGCCCGAGUGACUCAGUACAACACACUUCGCAAUGCUUGGACCCCCUGUCAACCUUCCCAAGUGGCUGGAGGAAAACUCCCACCUCCUCAAGCCCCCAAUCAACAAUUACUGCGUCUACAAUGAAGACUUUACCGUCAUGAUCGUCGGUGGCCCCAACGCCCGGACGGAUUACCACAUCAACCAGACGCCGGAGUGGUUCUAUCAGUACAAGGGCGCCAUGAUACUCAAGGUCGUCGACGAGGGCGUCUUCAAGGACGUCAUCAUCCGCGAGGGCGACAUGUUCCUCCUGCCCGGCAACACUCCUCACAACCCUGUGCGUUUCGCCGACACAGUCGGCGUCGUCCUCGAGCAGCGUCGCCCCGAGAACUCGCUCGACCGCAUGCGCUGGUACUGCGAGUCGUGCCGCGAGAUCGUCCACGAAGCCGCCUUCCACUGCACCGAUCUCGGCACCCAGAUCAAGGCCGCCGUUGAGGCUUUCAAGGCCGACGAGCAAGCGCGGACGUGUAAGAGGUGUGGCACCGUAGCGGAGGCGGCGCCGAAGCCCGGGUCGAUCACGAAUCCCAACUUGAAGUGAUUCAUCCAGCAGCGUUUUGCGGCAGGCGUGCGUGUACGGUUCUAAAAUGUUCUAGCCGAGGGUAUGCCUGUGGGCGAGCAGACGGUCUAUAGAAUAAAAGUACAAGUGAUUCUGAUGACAAAAUCGAGAGAUUUCUCUUCUCAGCCCGCGGUGGGGACCUAGCAUGGCCUUUUCCUAGUACAUUGCUGAGCAUAAAUCGCUCACAACUUUCC